ACGAUUUGUGAGUUCCGUUGAGAUUUGAAAUUCAAUACUUUACUUUUUAAAUAUUAAAUUCAUUAUCGCGUUUUUUUUGCUGUAAUUAAUAUCUAAUGACUACCGAUCCAAAACCUCAGGAUUUCUAUUUGGAUAACCGUAAUCCUAGCAAUGAGGAAGAAGAAGACGAGGAGGAACAUCUUCGACGCCAAGAAGAGAUAAAAAAUUUGUUAAAUGUUGCAAUGGGAGACUUUAACUAUGACGAAAGCACUUUGAAUUCCCUCAAUUGUUCAGCUGACCCUGUGGAAGAAUCUCACAUCAGCUUAAGGGAAAAAUACAAAGAGGCUGACUAUACUGAUACUCUUAAGGCUCUUUAUGAAUCACGUACAAAAGAGUUAGAGAACCUUUCUAAAAAGUUGGUAGAAACUGAAAAAGCAAAGAGUGAAUUAGAAAAUCAAAAACAAAGACAAAUAAUUUGCUUACAAGCUGAUUUAGAGCAAAUGAAACUUGCAUUAAAACAAUGUGAAACAGUUCAUGUUAUGAAAACAGAAGAAGUAAACCAACUAUUGGAAGAAAAACAAGUCCUAUUAAAAAAUAUUGAAGAGAUGAAAGAAAAAAUUGAAGAAGUAGCAGAGCAAAGAGAUGCCUUACAUACAGCAAAUAAUAACUUACAUCAACAGUUAACUUUUUUGGAAAAGGGAUUUAAUCCAAAACUAGAUGCUGAAGCAGCUAAAGAACAAGAACUUAAAAAUAAAAUUGAUGAUUUAACUGCUGAAAUUGAGAAAUUAGAAAAGAUAAUAAAAAAACAGGAGAAUGAGUUUACCAGUCAUAAACAAAUGUUGGAAAGAAUGUUACAGGAAAAAGAUGAAAUAUGCCAAGACAGAAAUGCUGAAAUUAAAAAAUUUGAUUUAGAAUUGCACAGAAAAGAAAUGGAUUGCAUUAAUCUUAAUGCAGAACUUCAAAGAUUAAAUAGAGAAAAGGAAGAUCUUAAAUGUACUAUACAAAAAUUAAAAACAACUGAAUUAUGCAAUCUCAGUCUGAAUAACUUAAAUGAUCAACUAAAAAAGCUUGCAGCAGAGAAUAAAGAAAUGAAGACCAAAAUUCAACAGUAUCUACAAGAUAUCAUUGAGCAUGAUAAAAUGAAGGAAGAAUAUGAAAAAGCAAAAAUUGCAAUAGAAGAAAUAAAUAAAAUUGAAGUUGCAAAGAAGGAAAAAGUAGAUAGAGGUAUACAAGUAGCAGACAAAAAUCAAACACGUGAUAUAGGAUUACAGAUUGACAACUUAAAAAGUGUUGAUGCAAAAACUCUUUCCAAAAUAAAGGAGCUUGAAGAGGAAAAUGCAUUCCUAAGAGAAAAGGAUUCUCAAAGGCAGGAACAAGAAGUCCUUCUAAACGACCUUCAGAAAGUCGCCCAGGAAUUUGAGAAAGUAAUCCAAGAGAGAAAUUCAAAAACCUGUCAGUCUCAGAGUACAAACACAGAGGGCGAUCUUUUAGAAACUAUUAAAAUUCAUUAUGAAACACAAAUAAUGAAACUUGAAGUUCAACUUCGUGAAGAAAUCAAGGAAGAAUUUAAUAAAAAAUUACGACAAAAAGAAUAUCUUAUGAGCCAUCAGUUAACACAAAUUAAGAAAACAUUAUCUUUGGAAGCAGAAAAAGCUGUUAAAGAUAUUGUUCAGAAAAUGAAAGAUGAUAGAAAAGCUACAAUUGAAUUAUUAAACGAGUUGAGACAAAAAUUUAUACAAAUGGAGGAAGAAAUAAAAGAUUAUAAAACUAAAUACCUUGAAGUAGCAACUGAAAAUUGUGAACUAAAAAAAUAUUUAAUUAAACUAAAACAUCAGUACCAACAGGACCUAAAGAUGACUCUACAAAAUCAUCAGCAGAAUUAUAACUUCGUGAUAGCAAAAUUUGUAGCUCAAAAGGAAGAAAAACUCAAAACAAAAGUCUCUAAUAUUGUUAAAUCGCUACAAAUAUUUAACAACAAGAUUGAAGCUAUUCAAGGGAAGAUAAUUGAAAUACCAGAACAAGACACAUAGUAAAUUUAAUUUUACUAAUAUUGUUAUCUGUGAUUUAUUCAAAAAUUUUUGUUUAAAUUUAUUUUUCUCUUAUUACGUUUUCAACUUUAAUAUAGUUAACAUUCACAAUUGUAACUGUAAUGAAGUCAUUUGAAAAUUACAAUUCUUUGAUUAAAUUAGGAAAUGAUAAUCAAUGGAUGGAACUUAGUUUAAGAAAAACGUUCUAAGCACCAUGUAAGUUCAUGUUUUCUAGUGGAAGUUAAAUUGUACUUAAUAAU